AUGUUGGAUCCUACAUUAUCAAAUCCGAACAGUAAAGAUAAUCCAAUAGCAAUUUCUCCGAACAGUAAUACAACUACUACAAAUACAUCUGCGGCAUCAAGAAUUGAAAAUAACACUAAAAUCCUCAAUAUCAAGAAUAACUCCAACAGUCUCAAUUCAACCCUUAGUUUGAUGAAUUCAAAUGGUACAAAUUCCGGCACAGAUAAUACUUCCCCGUUAUUGGCUCACAUGAAUACAAGUUUAAAUCACAGCAGUAAUAGUAUUAAUAAUAGUAAUAACAAAUCCACCACCAGAGCAACUACUACUACUACUACCACUACUACUACUACAAUUUUUAAUAAUAAUAAUACAGCAACGUCGUUAUCUGUAUCAAAUGGUCCUAUCAGUUUGCCCCCAAUAUCUUCCUUUGAUAACUUAAUAAAAGCAGCUGAAAAGCAUUACAUUAAUAAAAAUCCGAAUUCAAGUGAUCAAACUUCAAACGAGAAAAAUUCAAAUAGCGGCAAUGAUGUAAACAAUGAUCAAGCUAAUGGUAACAAAAAUUCAAAUAGUUCUGUCUCUUCAGUUGUUGAUCGAGAUUUAGAAUCUAUUUUACAACAGAAUAAUGUUCCUGUUACUUCCAGAGAAUUACCAGCCCCUCAUCAAAUGUUAUUGCAACAACAACAACAAUUGCAUGUGCAGCAUCAACGCCAAUUGCAAGUUCAACAGUUAAGACUUAACCAAAAUCAUACGCCAAUAAAUACUACAACAAAUUCACUUAAUACUUCAGCAACCACUUCAACAUCUACUUCACCUACUACUAAUAAUGUAGAAACUCCAGUAGCAACCACUACAACAGUAACUAUAACUCCUGGAAAAGUUUCCAAACCUAGAAAGAAGCGACAAUGUCCAAUCUGUAAAGGGUUUUUUGCAAACUUAACUACACAUAAAGCUACACAUUUAACUGCAGAUGAACGACCACAUAGAUGUUCGAUUUGUAAUAGAGGAUUUGCAAGAAAUAAUGAUUUGAUUAGGCAUAAAAAACGACAUUGGAAAGAUGAAAUUAAAAAUAAUUCAAAGAAAGCUAAAUCCUCAAAUUCUUCAAAAACUUCGAAUUCUAAUAUCUUGUCAACUUCUAACCUCCGUGUAAAUAGUGGUGGAAGUAAUACAAGUACUUCUACUGUUACUCCAACUCCAACUCCAACCCCUUCUACUUUAGAAUCCCUACAAAAUACAAUAUCACAAAAUGUACCAAUAAUAAACCCUGAUAACAAUAAUGAUAUCAAUAAUACUAUCACCUCUAAUAAUAAAUCUAAUAUUAAUCUUAAUACUAAUCCUAAUAAUGAAUUCAACAACAAUGUUAAUUUAACUCCAAAUACAAACACAAACACACCUUUGCAUCAUAAUGAAAUUAAUCAAUCUCAGUUCCUUGACACUAAUAAUAUACUUAAUUCUAAUAUAAAUAAUUAUACUUCCAAUAGCAUAAGUUCUAAAAAUGUCAAUAUUACUGGCAAUAACGUUAAUGCCAAUACUUCUGAUCAGUUAAAGUCAUUGCAUAAUAUUAAAGGUACAUACAAAUGUCCUUAUAAUUCAACUUUAGUUAAACUGGACAUGGAAAUGUAUCCAUUUAAAGCAAAAUCGUUAAAUUUUCAAACUUUAAACUGCCAUCAGACUGGUGUUUUUUCUAGAUGUGAUACUUUUAAAAAUCACUUAAAAGCUUUGCAUUUUGAAUAUCCACAAGGUACCAAAAGAAAAGAUCGACUCUUUUCUUCUGGUAAAUGUAAGCAUUGUGGCCAAAACUUCCCUAACGUUGAUGUUUGGUUGAAUUACCAUGUUGGAAAAAAUUGUGGUUAUACUUAUCAUUAA